AUGUUUGUGGAUGUACACAAGUCUUACCUGAUGAACUUCCCAGAGCCUUUGGUGACAGAAAAACCAGCAAUUGGCACAAUAUGCGGUAAACUUUCAUCGAUUAACAUACGAAAAAACGUACAGCAAAAACUACUGAAUAUCACGUUUAUUAUUCUGAUCGAGAUAUCGGAAUUUCUCCUUGUAGUCUUAAUCCGAGAAAAAACUAAGUGCUUGCUGUAUAUUAUGGAGAUAUUGAAAACCGUCGUCAGCUCAGGAUUCUUUUCAUCAAGGAAUAAAUACGGUUUUAUUAAAGAGAUCAACCACAGAAACUGUAAAUAUCUCUACAUAUGUUCAGUAUUUUGGCUAUAUUUGGAAACAUCUUCAAAGUAUAUUGAAGUUCAAUAG